AACUAUUAAUUACAAAUUUAAGAUAUACAUGUGCUUAUGACGUUCCUCGCUCAUUUAAGUGAAUAUAGUCGUCACCAAAGUCUUUGGUUCAUAAUACACGCCGUAAUGUACAUAUAGUAGGCUAUUUGUGCAGUGCACUUGAUUUAUGCAUACUUAAAAUUCUGUAAACAGCAGUGGGAUGUUUUGUGUUUUCAUAACAUAAGAUCAUGUUUAGAAGACGGAUUCCCUUUAAUCAGAUUGGAGUUGCUACUCUGGUUGGAGUGGUGGGAGGUGUGUAUAUAUACAAGCCUAUAUUUGACCCACCCAGAAAACCUCCAUCUGCACCAGAUCAAGACCUCAAGUCUGACCCAGAUGAACAGAGAGCGGAAACUACCCAACAUUCACAGCAAAAUGCAUUUGCAGCCAAAGACUGACGUCAAACAAGAUUCCGUGGGAGAGUCUGAAUGUGCCUCAGUGUUAAAUGUUGUUUAUUCCCAUGCACUUUGUAAAUGGUGUUACUAAAAGAUCCUUAAUAAUUAACACUGCAAAUAAACAAAAAGAUUCUACA